AUGGCUUUGGCCGAAGAGGCUGGGUCUUGUGACGAAGUCACACAGCCCCUCAAGAAUGGCACCGGCGACCUGGUCGGGUUCAUGCAAGCCAAGAUUUCGCAUGCUCUUCAAAAAGAUUCCGUGGAGAAGGAGCAUGUAGCAUGCAGAAAGGUCAGCAUGUUCAGUGCAGAGGACUCAGACUCUCGUGGACGUGAACAAACGGCUCGCGAUGCCUUCAGCAAGUCAGCGCAAAGAAAGGCCGUAGAGUGCUCGGGGAAUGUCACAGACCAUGCAGUCAUGGGAACGGCUGCGACAGACCGCUCCGAGAUGCAAGUAAAUUUCACCAACGCGACAUCGCUAUAUGGCUUUUACUGCUAUGAUGCACACCAUGGCACCACAGCUGCCUACGCCACAUACCAAGAUGUCGCAAGCCGAGAGGUGUGCCAGCAGAUUUGCGCGUCAGAUGCGAGCUGCAACUUCUAUGGUUGGCACGGCAGCUCGGUGAGUUUGGAGGCCCCAAGCCGAUGCUACAAUUGCGCACUCUACCAGACAUGCCAGUUCCAGCGCACGUCGGUGUGCAAGGACAUCACACCACCCUCCAACUUCGAGAAGAGUGUCAAGGACGCAGCUGCCCAGAGAGUUGAGAAGGAGUUUACCGCCGACUUCGAGCUGAACGGCCAGUUCUGCCAGCGCAGCCAGGUCUUUGCCGCACAGGUCGCGAACGAGAGUCUCUGCCGCAGCUUCUGCGAAAGCAUUGAGGACUGCAAGGUCAUGGCCUUCUACAUGGACGCCCGUGUGCGCGAGGAUGCGGCGCCCGACUCCUGCGACCAGAACUGCCGUCUCUACGCCGAGUGUGACAGUCCCGUGCCUUCCCUGUGCUUCCACCCUCCGGUCCUGUGGAGUGUUCACACCACCACAACAACCACCACGGUGACCACAACAACAACAUCCACAACGACAACGACCGUGGUCCCAUGGUUCGUAGGCGACGCGGAGGACAGCUGCAACGACCUGUGCCACUUCAAGGGGUAUGCCGGCUGCGACACAGAGAAGACUGCAGAGAUUGUGACUCAGUCGAACAUCUCAGAUCUCAUGGGCACCCUGAACAAAAGCUGCAUCUCCUUCGGCGUCCUGAACAAUUACUUCCCAGGAUACACUGAAAGUGAUGAGAAGUGCUACUACCUCGGCGGAACCCUAGAUUGUGACGCUGCCCUGCAUCCAUUCCAGCCCGUAUGCCAUUGCAACAGCACGACGUCGUCCACGACGCUGUCAGCUCGGUGGUUCGUGGGUGAGAGGCAGGACACCUGCAACGAUCUUUGCCGCUACAAGGGAUACACGGGCUGUGAUGCACAGAAGACCGGAGAACUUUUCAGGCGGCCGAGGCUGACACGAGUGAUGGACCACCUGAACAUGAGCUGCACGUCUUUUGGCGGCACGCUCAACAAUUACUUCCCCGGAUACAACGAGGAUACCGGGAAUUGCCACCUUCUUGGAGGAACCCUCGACUGCGACAAAGAUUAUGAUCCGUUUCAACCGGUAUGCCACUGCAACGACACGACAUCGACCACUACGCUGUCGGCCCGGUGGUUCGUGGGUGACCCGCAAGACACCUGCAACGAUCUUUGCCGCUACAAGGGAUACACGGGCUGUGAUGCACAGAAGACCGGAGAACUUUUCAGGCGGCCGAGGCUGACACGGGUGAUGGACCACCUGAACAUAAGCUGCACGUCUUUUGGCGGCACACUCAACAAUUACUUCCCCGGAUACAACGAGGCUACCGGGAAUUGCCACCUUCUUGGAGGAACCCUCGACUGCGACAAAGAUUAUGAUCCGUUUCAACCGGUAUGCCACUGCAACGACACGACAUCGACCACUACGCUGUCGGCCCGGUGGUUCGUGGGUGACCCGCAAGACACCUGCAACGAUCUUUGCCGCUACAAGGGAUACACGGGCUGUGAUGCACAGAAGACCGGAGAACUUUUCAGGCGGCCGAGGCUGACACGGGUGAUGGACCACCUGAACAUAAGCUGCACGUCUUUUGGCGGCACACUCAACAAUUACUUCCCCGGAUACAACGAGGCUACCGGGAAUUGCCACCUUCUUGGAGGAACCCUCGACUGCGACAAAGAUUAUGAUCCGUUUCAACCGGUAUGCCACUGCAACGACACGACAUCGACCACUACGCUGUCGGCUCUGUGGUUCGUGGGUGAGCCGGAGGACACUUGCAACGAUCUUUGUCGAUACAAAGGAUAUGCAGGUUGCGAUGCAGAGGAAACGGCCAAACUCGUCAGGAAGCCCAUUAUGUCGAGGUUGAUGAAUGGCCUGAACAGCAGCUGCGCUUUUUUCGGCAGUCCGCUCAACAACCAAUUCCCAGGAUACACUGAGAGUGAUGACAAGUGCCAUUACCUGCAGGGCACCCUCAACUGCGACCGCUAUCUGAAUCCAAUUCAGCCUGUAUGCAAGUGCAGCGACACGACAUCGACCACGACGCUUUCUGCUUUGUGGUUUGUCGGCGAGCUCGGCGACAGCUGCGAUGAUUUGUGCGAGUUCGAAGGCUAUGCGGGGUGUGAUGCGGAGGAGAUGGGCGAGAUCAAGACUCGGCCGAGAAUCUCGCGGCUGCUGGCCGGCCUGAACACCACUGGCCAGUACAGCUGCAGCUCCUACAACCCUAUUGCCAACAGCCCUGCCUACAACCCGAGCGGCGAAACAUGCUAUCCCCUGUCUGGGCAGGUCAAAUGCGGAAACACCGUGCAGGCAAGUCUGCAGCCCAUAUGCCGUUGCAACAGCACGACCCUGACCACAACCAUCGGGGCUGGGAUCUGGGUCCUCGGUGCCUUGGGCGACAGCUGCAACACCACGUGCACGAGCCACGGCCACGUGGAGUGUGACACAGCAAAGAUGGGCGAGAUCUACAGGCCCGCGAGGGUGAAGCGAGUCUUCGACAGCUUGAACUACACGUGCAACGGGAUCACUGCCUUGAGCCAUAACCCUGGCUACAGGCCCAGCGACGGCCAGUGCUACUACUUGAGCAAUGCCAACUCCCUGAACUGCGGUACAAACCCAUACGCCAGUGUACAGCCCCUCUGCUACUGCCAAAGCUAG